GACUCGAAGAGGAAAUACUACAGCGGAGCUGGUCGUUUCUACAAGCACAUUUUCAUUUAUUUUGUGGACAGAGGACAGGAAUGGACAGUUGUUGCUUUUUAGCACUAUGCUAAGACCCCGGGCAGCCUUACCACCAUGCUGGAACUGGGCUCAUGUUCUGUCAGCUCUCAGUCUCUGACAGAUGACCACAAUGCUUUGGGGCGACCUCCCACCUCAGGAGGGCCUGACAGUCCAGCACCUGGUUUUGGACAGAUGUGUGGCAGCAGUAGCCCCAGGCAUCACGUCCUCCACCCGUCACCAACGGAUUGUGAGAGCUGGCAGAAGCAUCGGGGAGGGCUGGCUGGAGGUUCAAGCCCCUGCUCUGAGCCUCACCCGCUCCUGGAACCCCAGAGUCUGUCCACCAGCUACGACACCCUCUACCUCCCACAGAUGACUGGGCAGGCUCAAACUCUCCACCCGAACCGCCUCGGCCUUUCUCUGGAUGUGGCCUCAACAUUUGACGCUGGAGGUGGGAUGCUUGGGGUGGAUGGAGAUUUGGCAGUCAGUCCCAACGUAAUCAAGAGACGGCGGGGAGGCCUGAUUGAACAGAAAGACAUUGUCAAAGCACACCAGGCCCACAAAAUACACAGCACACCACAGGCUCGACGCAAAGAGUGGGAAAUGGCCCGCUUUGGAGACGACGUCCCGGGCUUGUUGAGCUCUGGGGAUGGAGGAUCGGAGCGCAACAGGAACCGCGAUGGAGCGGCCGUGUCCACAGGUGGGAUCUCCCCGGCGUUCAAGCAGACCAAAGCGCAGCGCGCCCGCACCAUGGCCCUGUACAACCCCAUCCCGGUUAGGGAGAACUGCUUCACCGUCAACAGGUCGCUCUUCAUCUUCGGAGAGGACAACGUGGUCCGGAAGUAUGCUAAGAAAAUCACUGAGUGGCCUCCUUUCGAGUACAUGAUCCUCGCUACCAUCAUUGCCAACUGCAUUGUCUUGGCUCUGGAGCAGCACCUCCCUGGUGAGGACAAAACCCCCAUGUCCAAGAGACUGGAGAAAACAGAGCCUUACUUCAUAGGGAUGUUCUGUUUUGAGGCUGGGAUAAAGAUCAUCGCUCUGGGCUUUGUGUUUCAUAAAGGGUCCUACCUCAGGAACGGCUGGAACGUCAUGGAUUUUAUUGUAGUCCUCAGCGGGAUCCUGGCUGCAGCAGGGGCUCAUAUGAACAUCUCAGUGGAUCUGAGGACGCUGAGGGCUGUGAGAGUACUGCGACCCCUCAAACUGGUCUCAGGCAUACCAAGUCUGCAGAUUGUCCUGAAGUCCAUAAUGAAGGCCAUGGUACCUCUUCUGCAGAUCGGUCUGUUGCUGUUCUUUGCCAUCCUCAUGUUCGCAAUCAUCGGCCUGGAGUUUUACAGCGGAAAACUGCACAAGACUUGCACACCACAGCCAGGAAUACUGGAAAAUGAGACAGUGGACUCUUCUGAGUACAUCUUCCCGUGUGGCGUGCGUCAAUGUCCAGCCAAGUACGCCUGCUCAGAGACCUGGAUUGGACCUAAUGACGGCAUCACCCAGUUUGACAACAUCCUGUUUGCAGUCCUCACUGUCUUCCAAUGCAUCACCAUGGAGGGAUGGACCACUGUGCUCUACAAUACCAAUGAUGCUUUGGGUCCCACCUGGAACUGGCUUUACUUCAUCCCUCUCAUCAUCAUCGGCUCCUUCUUCGUCCUGAACCUGGUGCUAGGAGUCCUCUCUGGAGAAUUUGCCAAAGAGAGGGAGAGAGUGGAAAAUCGUAGAGCUUUUAUGAAGCUGAGACGCCAGCAGCAGAUUGAAAGAGAGCUGAACGGAUACCGCGCUUGGAUUGACCGAGCUGAGGAAGUUAUGCUUGCAGAGGAGAACAGAAAUCCAGGACCUUCUGCACUUGAUGUGCUGAAGCGAGCAACCACCAUAAAGAGGAGAGGGAUGGAUGUGCAUCAGGGCCAGUCAGGGGAGGAACAUUAUGGAGAUAUCUCUUCUGUGGGCAUGCCCAUGGCCAGAGCCAGCGUUCGGAGUGCAAAGCGAGGUCCAACAGCCUAUUUUCGACGUAAAGAGCGUCUCCUGCGGAUUUCCAUUCGCCGCGUGGUGAAGACACACACUUUCUACUGGACAGUGCUCGGCCUUGUGGCUCUCAACACGCUGUGUGUCGCCAUUGUGCACCACAACCAGCCCUUCUGGCUGUCCAAUUUUCUUUACUAUGCAGAGUUCCUGUUCCUCGCUCUGUUCCUGACAGAGAUGUUCCUGAAGAUGUACAGCUUGGGACCACGUCUCUACUUUCAUUCCUCAUUUAACUGCUUUGACUGCAGUGUAAUCAUUGGCAGUAUCUUUGAGGUGCUGUGGGGAUUCUUCAGACCAGGAACUUCAUUUGGUAUCAGUGUCCUUCGCGCUCUCCGCCUGCUUAGGAUCUUCAAAAUCACCAAGUAUUGGGCGUCUCUGAGAAACCUGGUUGUGUCUCUGAUGAACUCCAUGAAGUCCAUCAUCUCCCUGAUCUUCCUUCUCUUUCUCUUCAUUGUUGUCUUCGCACUCCUUGGCAUGCAGCUUUUUGGUGGCAGGUUCAUCUUUGAAGACUACACACCAACAAACUUUGACACCUUUCCUGCAGCCAUUAUGACUGUGUUUCAGAUCCUGACUGGAGAGGACUGGAAUGAGGUCAUGUAUAACGGUAUUCGCUCCCAAGGAGGAGUGAAGUCGGGGAUGUGGUCCUCCAUCUAUUUUAUAGUUCUUACUCUUUUUGGAAACUAUACUCUUCUGAAUGUCUUCUUGGCCAUUGCUGUGGAUAACCUCGCCAAUGCACAAGAACUUACCAAGGAUGAAGAAGAAGCAGAGGCAGCUUUCAACCAGAAGCAUGCUCUGCAGAAAGCAAAGGAGGUCGGACCGCUUUCCUCCUUCAUGUCUUCAGAGGGAAGCCGGAGGAGGCGGCCCUACCUAUACAGGAAAAGAGCCAUUCACCGCAGCCGGCCGACCUACUCCUACUCCCUGGAGGAGGCCCAGGGCAGUAUGAGGGAGGGCCGCCCACCGCCACCACUCAAACCCUCUAACUCUUUCAUGUCCAGGAGAGAGAGGAGGAAAAGGAUGACCAUGUCUGUUUGGGAGCAGAGGACCAGUCAGCUACGGAGACACCGGCAGAUGUCCAGUCGAGAGAUCUUGUUCAGCAGCCCCAGUGAGGAAAAAGAUGGCCCCCCUGCUUCAGUUCAUGGACGUCCCCUGUCGCUGCACCGGAAAGCUGUGCAGCACACGCCAUCAGGGAGCUUGAAGCGGCCGACUGACCCUCUAGCCUCACCAGGUCAGACCCAGCCCCUGGCCUCCUCUGUGCCCCUGGAUGCCACUGUUCCUGGUGACAUUCCUGAGCCUCCGAUGGCAGUCCUGGAAUCAAAGUGUCUGGAUCCUACAAACGUGCCAUGCCUGACCUUACCAGAACCUCCCGAAUCCGAAUCCACCGGAGAAAACAAAAAGCCAGGCCUUAAUCACAAACACGUUUCCGAGCGCCGAAGCCCGAGACUGAACGCAGAACGUCAACACAGGCAUGUAAAAAAGUUUAGACCUCCAGAUAAUGUUGACACUCUGACCCCUGAGAAAGGAGGUCACAUUGAGAUCAGGGGCCGAAGGGGCCAUCAUUGUGACCAUCAGAACGGCACCAGAAAUCAAGCGUCCUCUCCUGGAAAUGAAGGAAAGUUAGACGGCAGCUAUGAUGUUGGAGAAAGCAGAACAAGUUCAGGAAUAGUCGAGGAGAAGGGACCAGAGCCUGAGAACGAAGAUGGAGAGGUGCACAAGCACGAGGAGAGCAGACUGGCUAACCGUAACGAGGGAGGAAACUCUAACUUGAAAGACGUCCUCUCUGGUGACCUCUGCCCUCUGAAGCAAGACAACGCUCUGAACCAGUCUGAGCUGCUGGUACCCAACAAACCAGAGGAUAACAGUGAAGAAAAGGAGUCAGAGCUGGACCACAAUAAGCUCAGCUCCAGUGUAAUUGUCGAGGUGCCUGACGUGCAGUCGUCUCUUGAACUCUCCACCAUCACAGUCAACAACAAGGACCCUGAAACCUGCAAGUCAGAGAAGGAAGAGGCAGAAGAGACAAAACCUGUCAACACUGUGACCCCAGACAGCAUGUUCAUCUUUAAACCUGACAACCCGAUGCGUCGAGCAUGUCAUUAUGUGGUGAACCUCAGGUACUUUGAAAUGUGCAUCCUGCUGGUGAUAGCUGCUAGCAGCAUAGCACUGGCUGCAGAAGACCCUGUAGCCACAUCAUCAGACUGGAAUAAGGUUCUACGUUAUUUUGAUUACGUGUUCACUGGAGUCUUCACCUUUGAAAUGAUCAUAAAGAUGAUUCACCAGGGUCUGAUCCUCCAUGACGGCUCCUACUUCAGAGAUCUGUGGAACAUCUUGGACUUCAUUGUUGUGGUGGGAGCACUGGUGGCCUUUGCCCUCACCAACGUGAUGGGAAACAACAAAGGAAGAGACAUAAAGACCAUCAAAUCUCUGAGAGUUUUGCGCGUCCUCAGACCUCUGAAGACCAUCAAGCGACUUCCUAAGCUCAAGGCGGUGUUCGACUGUGUGGUGACAUCUCUGAAAAACGUCUUCAAUAUUUUGAUUGUCUACAAACUUUUCAUGUUCAUCUUCGCCGUCAUCGCUGUGCAGCUUUUCAAGGGGAAGUUCUUCUAUUGCACCGACAGUUCAAAGGACACAGAGAAAGACUGCCAGGGUUACUACAUCGACUAUGGGAAGGAUAAAAAAGAGGUGAAAAAGAGAGACUGGAAGAGGCACGAGUUUCAUUACGACAACGUCAUCUGGGCUCUGCUCACACUCUUCACUGUUUCCACCGGAGAAGGCUGGCCUCAGGUUCUGCAGCACUCUGUAGACGUGACAGAAGAAGACAGGGGUCCAAGUCACGGCAACAGGAUGGAAAUGUCAAUCUUCUAUGUCAUCUACUUUGUUGUCUUCCCCUUCUUCUUCGUCAACAUCUUUGUGGCUCUCAUCAUCAUCACCUUCCAAGAGCAGGGGGAUAAGAUGAUGGAGGAGUGCAGCCUUGAGAAAAAUGAAAGAGCUUGCAUAGACUUUGCCAUCAGUGCAAAGCCCCUGACUCGAUACAUGCCACAGAAUCGGCACACGUUCCAGUACCGUCUGUGGCAUUUUGUGGUGUCCCCAUCAUUUGAAUAUACAGUCUUGACCAUGAUUGCUCUCAACACCAUUGUCCUGAUGAUGAAGUAUUACUCUGCCCCGCCUGCAUAUGAUGCCUUCCUGAAACAUCUAAACACAGCUUUUACUGUCCUCUUCUCAAUCGAGUGCGUUCUGAAGAUCCUGGCUUUUGGUUUUCUGAACUACUUCCGAGACACGUGGAACAUUUUUGACUUCAUCACCGUCUUGGGCAGCAUAACUGAGAUUGUGGUUGACUUGCAGAGGAUUGACACGUUCAACAUGAGUUUCUUGAAGCUGUUUCGAGCCGCUCGUCUGAUCAAACUGCUGAGGCAGGGUUACACCAUCCGCAUCCUCCUCUGGACUUUUGUUCAGUCCUUCAAGGCGUUGCCUUACGUCUGCCUGCUCAUUGCAAUGCUCUUCUUCAUCUACGCCAUCAUUGGCAUGCAGGUGUUUGGGAACAUUAAACUGAAUGAAGAGACUCACAUUAACCAACACAACAACUUUAAAACCUUCUUAGGUGCCCUGAUGCUGCUGUUCAGGAGUGCAACGGGGGAGUCGUGGCAGGAGAUCAUGCUGUCGUGUCUGGGGGGGCAGCAGUGUGAAACAGACCCCUCACUUCCCCCUGCAGCCCUGACGACGGACCAGAAGGAGGGCUGCGGCUCAGACUUCGCCUACUUCUACUUUGUCUCCUUCAUCUUUUUCAGCUCUUUUUUGAUGCUGAACUUGUUUGUGGCUGUGAUCAUGGAUAACUUUGAGUAUCUUACGAGAGACUCGUCUAUCCUGGGUCCACACCACCUGGAUGAGUUUGUCCGAAUUUGGGGGGAAUACGAUCGAGCUGCCAGCGGUAGGAUCCAUUAUAAGGAGAUGUACAAAGUUGUUCGCACUAUCUCACCUCCUCUGGGCUUUGGAAAGAACUGCCCCCACAGGGUGGCAUGCAAGAGACUUGUCCUGAUGAACAUGCCUGUGGACGAUGACAUGACGGUCCACUUCACAUCCACCCUCAUGGCCCUCAUUCGCACUGCGCUUGAGGUCAAAAUAGCAAGAGGAGGAGAAGAUCGAAAUCAAAUGGAUUUGGAUCUGCAGAAGGAAAUUGGAGUCAUCUGGCCUCACCUCUCCCAGAAGUCACUGGACCUGCUGGUUCCAAUUCACAAAGCCAGUGACAUGACUAUAGGAAAGAUAUAUGCUGCCAUGAUGAUCAUGGAUUAUUACAAGCAGAGCAAAGCCAAGAAACUGCGCCAGCAACUGGAGGAACAAAAACACGCCCCCAUGUUUCAGCGUAUGGAUGCUUCCUCUCUUCCUCAAGAAAUCCUAUGCAAUGCCAAGUCCCUGUCAUUUCUCCGACACAGUGCUGGAUCUGCUCUCACCAGAGGAGGGUUUGUGGCGCUCAGCCCCAUUUCUCCACAAGAGAUGUUCCUGCAGCCACGGCCUCGCUCCAGAGAAGAGAAGGUGGAGGAAGAGGAUGAAGACUAUCAUUCACCAUACCACCUGUACCCCCAUCCACAUCACCACCAUCAUCAUCAUCAUCAUCAUUUGCAUACACUGGUGCCAGAGGUAGUGGAGUACAACCAUCUGAUGCAGCAGGCCAGGCAGGACCAAACAGUUAUUAAAUCACCGCAGCGCACUGCAUCUAUCAGAGCAUCCUCCAUGCCCAGGCUGGCUGUUGAUCCACAGGCUGCAGUGUCGGAAGACGGGAGGCUGAUGAAACGCUCCUUCUCCACCAUCGGAGAUCAGUGUGUGAACGGCCUGUGGCAGGAGCAACACUCUCUGGAGAAAAUCAGCCCUGACGGCACAUUCAGAGCUCGUCAAAGGAGUUACAGAGGUCCCAAAAUCAGCCCCAGAGAAACAAGUAGUCACGAGAGAGGGAGAUCAAAAGAACGGCGCCACCUGCUGUCUCCUGAUGUGUCCCGCUGUAACUCAGAGGAGCGAAGCAGGGAGCCUUCCUGCGAGAGGAAGCACUCCCGCUCACCGAGUGAAGGACGAGUGCACAACGUCCAGAAACAGGUAAUGGCAACAGGAAGCCCAGCAAACUCAGCCUCAGAGUCCAGUACCCCUCGUAACCGCCGCCAGCUGCCUCAGACGCCUUCUCGUCCACGGCCUUAUAUCUCAUACUCUCCUCUUGUCUGCAAACCAUCAACCUCUCCCACUGCUGCUCCCCUCUCCUCUGAAGGGCAAUACCAGCCUCAGGACACCGCCGGUGGCUCCACAGAGACCUCAUGGCGGGCUGAGAAGGAGAGCAGACCUCUGUCGGCGGGUCACUGUUCAUCUGGAGGUCAGAUUUCAGGACCAAGCCACCCAUCGCCUCACCGCUACAUAUCAGAGCCCUAUCUCCCGUUCCAUGAGGACUUCAGCGGUGAUGAUUCAGGUGACAGGCAGGAAACACUGACCUUUGAGUCUGCCAUAGCCACCAGUCUGGGACGGGCCAAUGCCAUAAGCUCUGCCCCUCAGCUCAGACACUCCUGGCAGGUUCCCAAUGGUCAUGUCCGGAAGCACUUGGUCCAGGGGAGCCCGACUGACAACAGCGAGCUGCUAAGUGAUACAGAUGAGGACGACCGCUGCUAAAACUCAAGAGACAAAGAUGCAAAGGAUGCACAGUGCUUUGGGGCACACCAGGACUGCGUCACAGCACCGGAGGGAGCGAAUUUAUCUCCGCUGUGGCUCAGAGAACCUCAUGUUCUCAGCACCGUAGCAUUACAGCCAGGACUGAGCAACACCGCUGUUCAUCUGGACGCCUGUGUCCGUCUUCACAUGUCCGUGCGUAUCUGUAGUAGCCGAAGGGAAUCUAGACGUGUGGACCUGAAUGUCUGUUUACAUGUGUGUGCUCUUAAUAAAGAAUGUGCCAAAAAAAGGUGAAAAGCAGGGGGAGACCCAAACAUAAGUAGCCCACUGCGCCCAAAUCAAUGUGUUGCAGCUCUUUCCCAAACAAGUGUUUAAAGAACAAAAAUACGGUGAGAAGUCUGUCCACCAUGUCCAAAUGUCUCCAAAAAAAUCUGAUUAAGUGCAUUUUGUGGAAGUGAAAAAUAGAGGUAGCAUAUACACACGUAAUAAGAUGAAUGUAUUUUAGUUUUAUGUUCAGGUUUAUUUGGUGAGUUGCUGUUAAGUCUUAGUGCAUAGUUGUGGGAGGAGAAAAUUCAGUGGUCGAGCAGCCAGUCCUGUUUUUUCCUGUUUACAGUAACAGUUUCUACAUGAUUUGUGGGCAUUACACAGCUUGAUCUUUCUGUUAAAAUGUGAAAACAAUGUAUAACCUUGUAAAACUGAUGAGAGAUGUUUUGUCUCAGGAUCUGGGCGCAUCCAGUGAGUAUUAUAAGGACCUGACAUAAAGUCAGGGAAAAGCUAAGAACUGAAAUGUUUAAUUAAGUUUGAACAAGACAGAGUCAUUGAGACAGCAGAAAAUUUCCUUUCAUCUGCUUUGCUCGCCGUCUACAACGUCCAGUGAUGCUGCCAUGUGAAGCAAGCCAAAUGUUUGUCCAACCUCCACGCCUCUGUGCUGGACCGCCACUCCUGAUGGCGUGACAGAGAGCUAAUUUAAGCCAUUUGUUUUGUACACACAGCUGGAGAUGUGUUGCCUCCUUUCCUUUGAUGAUGAAAUUUAUGACAAAUAAUUGUCAUACUGCCAUACAUGGAUGCUUUAGCAGAAUUCACAGCCGUGGUGUUUUUUAUUUCUAACCCACUUAUUGUUCCCAUCAUGUUUCGUCUGUAGAAACAUCGUUAUUGUAUUUUCUGUGCUUGAGAGCUUUAGUAUUUUCCACAUGCAUGAUCAUGUCUUGAAGCUGCCUGAUUAUUUUUGGUCUUCAAGAGGUUUUUACAGAAAAAAUAUUGGAAAACAAAUAUGUAAAGCAGUACACUAUAUUGCCUAAAGUAUUUAGUCACUUGUCACCUUAAAAUAGGAACUUGAGAGGCAUCUCACUUUUGUUUCACAGCGAUUGUUAUGAUAUUGGCCCUUUCUCUGUAGCUGGACCAGUUUGAACUUUUCUGGGAAAGCUUUCCUCAAAGUUUAGGAGUGUGUUUACAGGAUUUUUAAAUCAUUCUUUCAAAAGAGCAUUAGUGAGAUCAGACACUAGUGUUGGACUAGAAGGCCUGGCUCAUGCUCUUUGCUCUAAUUCAUCCAGCAGGUGUUUUUUUUUGUUGUUGCCAUCUGUGCUGACCAAUUGUUCCACACCACACUCGUUCACCGAUGUCACAAUUGUUUUUAGUUUGCUCUGGUUUUAUGGGUUUAUUGUGAUUCUUUAGCUUUAGGAUUCUUCAUGCUUUCUGUUCUGCAUAUUUCGCUUGUUUUUAUAUUGUUGGUUUCCCUGAUUCUCUGUGCAUGUCAGUAGUAUUUUGAAUUUCUGUGUAUUCCUUGAUUUGCCUUCUGUUGGCGUUCACAGUUUAUUUAUCCAGUACCUUCCUCAGUGCCUCGGCUUCUGCUGUCCAUAGCUCAUCUGCUCAUUAACUCCUCUGUCUUGCUUUCCAGUAAUCAAACACCCCACCAUAAAUAUUACUUGUUUUUUCUCAUUCUGAGUCAGGUCCUCUGUAAUUGAUAUCAGGCUGGUUUGUUUCUUGUUUAUAAUUUUCCUAAGAAAAAAGAAAGAAGCCAUUUAUUUUCACCUGCCUACUUCUUACUUUCUCAUCUGCUACCAUUAUGUCACAGUUUACGAAUUUCCAUACCUUGCUUUGUGAAUCCCAAUAAUCAUCUUGCCAUUUCCAAACCAUUCCUAUGAAGUUGUCCAACAUGUCUUGUUAGGGUGAAGUAUUAAAGAUUAAUUUAAAUGGAAUUAGGAGGCUGACCCAAACUCCUGAAAAAACACAAUGCACACAAAUUUUGUGCCCGAGUUGCAGUUGCUUGCAGUCACUCUUGUGAAAAUUUCAUGACUGGAUUAUCUCACAGAUUGUGUUCUGUGCCAUGUUGAAUUCAUUAAUUUCUCAGUUGUUUGUAGAAGGAGUCUCAAUGCCUUGAUGCCUUUAAUACUCCUAUGAGCUGAAACGUCAGAACUCACUGACUGGGCUGGGUGACCCAAUACUUUCAGCAAUAUAGUGUAUUUGUUUCUCAUUCUCAGCAAUCACUUUCCACAUACUUUGAACAUUGCAAAACUUCAAAAGGUUUGUUGUUCCCUCUGAUUAAGAUGAAUAUUUAUAUCAUGUGCUGUUGUGUUGUUAAAAUAUAAUGAGUUUGAAAUGUGAACCCAGUACCUAUUGAGACCAGGAGCUCUCUGAUAAAAACAAAACAAGUUUUAGCAGAAAAGUCACUGAAGUGUGUUUUACAGUAAACCGGUGAGGUUCACUGUAAAAUCUCCCUGUAGUAUAUACAUCGCAUAGAAAUGUCCUACACAUGUACAGCUCAACUUAGGACUUAACUUGGAUGUCGGUCUGUACAGACAGCCUAAUCUGUGCCUGGGAAAGCUCCCUAUCAAGGCUGGAUUAUUUAGAUAGACAAACCCUCUGGUAAAUAUGUAGUAUAAGAUGUACAAAAUCCAUCUUUCAUUUAUAGCACCUUUUGAUUUCUACUGUAAUUAUCAUGCCUGUUUACGACUGUUUACAGACACAUUAAAAAGAUGCCCUGUCUUUUCUGUGCCGAGUUAAAUUAAAUUAGUAUGAUUUGUUAACACA